GGGCGGGGGGCCGCACUCACCUGUAAGCUUUCGCUAAAAAUGUGUGGAAAAAAUUUGGAAAACGAAAAUAUUGAAAUUCUUGAGAGGACGCCAUUAUGUUGAACUGUCAAAAGAUUUGUGAACAUCAAUGACUCGGGACUUUUCUCCUGACGUUCUUAGGUCCAGUUUCAUUUCGGGCCUAGUGGGUUGCAACGCAAUAAAGGAGGAAUUAAACAACCCUAUACAUUUUAUCAGGAUCAUCAGCUGUCUGUAUUUUGGGGCAGUUUUGCUCGUAUUUCUACCAAUCCCCCGAUCCUGAAACUUGAGUUCUUUGUGGCCAAAAUGCCACUUAACGAUAUGGCCACCUCCGCUCCGGGCAUCUAUUCGGAAAAUGGCACCGCCAAGCAUGCCAAGCAGAGCCUGGCGAAGCCGGAAAUAUCGGCCACUUCAAAUUCCAUGCUAGGAUCGGGGUCGGGAUCAGGAACAGGAUCUGGAUCUGGGGCCUCACUGUUCUCCCUGCAGGGUCAGAAGUGGCAGCAGGUCUUUGACUUGGACAAGGUCAUUAAGCAGCUGCGCACCGCCGAGAAGACGUAUUUGCGUGGAGGGAAGAACGCCUCGUCUGGCGGAUCCGGGGAUCAGCAGCACCAGAACCAACAACAACAGCUCCAGCAGGCAAAGGUGCAGGUUCAACGACUCCAGGCGGCAGAUAUGGCCUAUUAUGACCUGGUCCCAAAGCUGGCCACCCGCGACAUUGUACUGUGCGGCUCCUGUUCGGGGAGCUAUACGAAAGCAGGCUUCCAGCAUCACAUUGCGUUGCAGCAUCCGAGCGUAUGGGAUGCCACAUCCAGCAAGUUGAAUCCAAACGCUGGUGGUAACCUCCUCUCCAGCGAAUCGCGACUCACUGCCACGGAAAAUAGCCAGGAGCCUGGAGGAGUCGGUAGUGGUGGUGGAGGUGGGAUCGUGCCCAGCUCUCCCACAGACACCCUGUCCGCCUCAACCCUCUCCAGCUGCUCGAAUGGCUCCAGUAGCUCAGUUUCGCUUCAGAACCAGAGCGUGGGAACUUCCUCCUCCACCACCUCAUCGUCGUCGUCAUCGUCGCGUCACAAAAGCAGCAGUAGCAAGAGUAGUUCCUCAAAAGGCAGCAGCAGCACCUCCGGUGGGAGUCGUGCGCGCUCGAAAUCAUCGAAAAACCGUCAUCACUCUUCCCCAGCUCCGGCCCCGGCGUUAGAGUCCAAUCACAAGGACUCCAAUGGCAAGGGAUCGAAGAGGGGAAGCGGGAGUGCCAUAGCAGCUCCUCCGAUUGCUGCCAUCAAAGAAGAGCCACUUAAUGCAGCCGCUGGUUCUGCCGCCGCUUCUAUUACGGUGUUUUCCUCCUCCAGCAACUCAUCCUGCAGCCUGCCACCGACUCCCACGAUAGCAGCGUCAAAUGAUUUGGCCAUGGGAGUCAACUACUCACCCGCCCAGCUCCAGACGGAGACAGAAAAGCUGCCCGAACUACAGCCUAAGAAAAAGCUGAAGGGAUCCAGCGACCAUCGAACAAAAACCGAAAAGGAAAAGAACAAAGCGAAAAACUUGGGAAUUCCCUACGGGCAACCGCAGCAUGUCCUUAGUGAACUGGACCAGGCUGUUUCUUCCAUUACGGGAGCGGAUGCGGAACAGGUUGCUGCCGAAGAUGAGGAACUGCCUUUGCCAAACACCUCCGAUGAGAAUUCCAUUUCCCAGACCCUCGAUGAGAUGCUGGACAGUAAGCUGAUCAACGAGAUACUGAACAACUUCGAUGAGAGCGAACUCGACACCGCCCAGCAGCAGCAGCAACAGCAGCCCCAGCAACCGUCACAAAACGGAUCACUUCCACAUCCCGCACAGGCCACCAAAAGACUGCGCUACGAAGAUGGAACCAUUUGCCCGGAGACUGGAGAAGACUACACCAUCUACCAAUCGCAGGUGCAACAGGAUGGGCAACAGGUGUAUACGGGCGAGGAGGAUCCGCAGCAGGGACUGACCACUAUCGAUGCUAUGCAGCUGCAACAGCUCAUCUAUCAGCAGCAGCAAAUGCUCGAACAGCAGCAACAACAAGAGCAGCAACAGCAGCAGGAUCAGAAGUUGCAGGAUCCGGAACAGCAGCGUCAAUUCAGUGUUUACAAUGUUCAGUCCCUUGCGGACGGGAGCCAGCAACCACAGCAGCAACAGCUGGAGGAGCAUAUGAUCCUGCCAAGCAUCAUUUAUGAAAUUGCUGAUGGCAAUUCGGUUUCAAUGCUGGAACAACAAAAGGUUCUGGCGGAAUUCCUUACUCAGGCGGGCUACGAAAAUGUCGACGUAAAUGUCCUGCAAUCCAAUAUGAAUUCCGGGGUCACGGCCGAGGUCAAUCACUUGGCGGAGGAGCUGAACGACUUCGAGUUCCACAAACUGGAGACUGUUAGCGACAAUGUUAAGACUGUAAAGCUGGAGGCCACCAGCCAGCCAUUGGCCACCGCUCCCAAUCAUCAUCCAUCGCUGGCCAAUGCCAAAUACCACGAAGACAGCUACUUUAAUGUAAUGCUGUACUCGGGUCCACCACGUCCUCUGGCCCUGAAUACCUUUGGCAUGGUCAAGCUGCCACAGGGAUUGGGUGUUACCUUCCGCAAGAAUCUGCUGACUACGCGAAAGGCCAACAACAAUUUGCUGUCCCUAACCGGUGGAAGUCACCAAGGCGUCGUGGGCCAACUGGCACGACCGCCCCCACCACCACCGUCACCUGCGCUGAGUAAUGGUUUGCCGGGCAAGAAUCCUGCUGUCGGCAGGACCAUCUACGCCCAGAGGUCAAGUGUGAUAGCUCAGGAUCGGCUAAGAUGUAACAAGAGGGCGCUGGUAGGCAACAAGUCUGGGUCGGGAGGGUCUGGAGCGAUCACGGCCAAAAGAUUAAAUGAGUUGCUGAUGGGAAAGGUUAAAAAGGAGGAAAAGCCAGCACUGGAGAGUGAGGAAACGGAGCAGCAGAAGGAGAAGGAGAGGGAGAAAACGGAAGAGCACAAGCAGCAGCUCACAUAUAGCUUCUACGAGAAACGUCGCCGCCUCUUAGCCGGAAAGCAGGAGAAGGUGCAGCCACUUAGCCCCAAGUUCAAUCUCCCGCUCCUGGCCAGCAACAACAAUAACAACAACGCUAGCCUAAGUCAAAGCCACUCGCCACAGCAGCUGCUGAAGAAGCAACUGCUCCGCACCUUGUCGGAAAUCAAUAGCAACAUCAACCUCAGCAGCAGCAAUAGCAGCAACAAUAGUAGCGGCAACAUAACUAACAGCAACAACACUCCCAAUGCCAACAGCAAUCCUCCCUGGAAGGGAUCUACUAAUUCCAAUCUGGGAGGAAACUCCACUCCUACUAGCAGCGACAUGAUGCGCGUCUUUGACUGAGAUCCUAACAAAAAACACAUCCCCAUAGUUACGUUUAUACAAUGCAGUAGGUUCUGUGCAGCCUCCUUAAAUGCUAAAUUAAUUUUUAAAUCAUUUUUUUAAAAUCAAUUAUUCUUUCAUUUUUUAAAAGUGAUAAUUAGUUUUGAAUUAGUUCAUUGUGUAACUCUUUGUUUAGUCUACGCGAUAAUUUAAUUUAAAUGAUAUAUUCAUAAACAAAAUAUAUUAAUAAUAUUUUUUUGGCUAAGCAUUACGUUAAGUAUCCGUAAAGCAUUAUUUAUAAAGCUAUAAACUUUUAAAAAUACAAGAGCAUGCCUAAGUUCAAUUCAAA